GACUACCCCAUUUACCGAGUGUGUGAGAGAGAGAGACGAUGCCGUCGGCGACUUUGUCUGGAGCCCUUAUAGGAUUUGGAGUAGAGAAGUAUAUCAACACAUUCCGCAAACCCCAAUCAGGUCCGGAAAGUUAUGCGGCGAUGAUGGUGAUCGGAGCGGUGACUGCGAAUUGUGUGGUGAAGUGGGACGGCAACGCCCAGAGGCGCAAAGAGAGAGAGAAAAUCCGUUUCCGUAGUCACUACUGCCCCUGGUGUAACGAGAUGUGUGCUGGGUGCCGGAGCGGUGGUCGUGUGGGACGAGGAAUUCCAACACUGCACAACCAACACAACGAAGUUGAAGAUCAGGGAAGCCCAACGGUGCACGACCAGCAUAACAAGAUUGAAGAUCAAGAAAGCCCGCCGGCGGUGCACGACAAAAUUGAAGAUGGUAGCCGGAGCAGUGGUUGUGAGGGACAAGCAGGAAGUCCGGCGGUGGACGACCAACACAACGAAUCUUGAACAAAUAUGAACAGAGAUGGAGCCGGGGAUGGCAGGCAGUGGCGGAGCCAGUAAUUUAUAUUAGAGGGACUGACCAGUUUUUUUUUUUUGGUAUUUCGUACAUUUUAGAUAUUUUUACUUAAAAAAUAACUA